UACUGGAGCAGCUAACACAAUCUCCCUAGCUUGGGUGAGAAGACUGAAGGCAUUCAACAAUCCACCGUCCCUUCUCUGUCUCUCCCAAUCUCUCACAUCCAUCCAGUAAGCUUGCACUCAGCCUUCACAAUAAGGAACCUGCAAAAAGAAACGGAGACUUUAUUUUACAAAGACAAUACGUGAUACAAGACUGUACCUCCAUCCUAUAAAAGCUGCUGUCCUAAUUCUGCAAAAACAAAAUUAAAAAUCGAAGUAAAGAAAUGGAACAGCUAAAGUGCAAAAACAACAGAAACCCCCCAAGCACAGAGCACCGAGUCUGCAGACAAGUGGCAAACACAAGUGCACAGCUGCCAAAGAUGUCAGUCGCCCGGCAUCUGCUGCUUCUCCUCUUCACGUUCCUGACGUACACACUAGAUUCCGCUAAAGUACACGGGACGUCUGAAACCCUGUGUGGAGGGGAGCUGGUGGACACGCUACAGUUUGUUUGUGGAGACCGGGGCUUCUACUUCAGCAGAAAUAAUGGGCGCGUCAAUCGCAGGCCAAGACAGGGCAUUGUGGAGGAGUGUUGCUUUCGGAGCUGUGACUUAGACCUGUUAGAGACAUACUGUGCGAAACCUGCCAAGAAUGAACGGGACUUAUCCACAUCCCCCGUCACGGCCAUGCCACCACUGAACAAGGAGCUGUACCACAAGCAUUCCCACACAAAGUAUUCCAAAUAUGACAUUUGGCAGAAGAAGUCCGCCCAACGCCUCCGGAGAGGAGUCCCUGCCAUUGUGCGUGCGCGCCAGUACCGGUGGCGUGUGCAAGAGAUUGAAGAAUCUGAGCAAGCCAUGUCACACCGUCCCCUUACCACCUUACCAAGGAAGCGACCUCUCCAUCUGCAGCAUGCCUCAGAGACCUCUCUCAAUUGAGCCGGGGACACUUUCUAAGUAGGAUCCCACUGCUUUCAAGUUCUGUUUUCAUAUUCUUUUCGUCAUCUCUGAAUGGGAGGGGGCUAAGGUCAUGCCUUCCCCCUGUAUAUAUUCCAGUUUGGGCAAAAUAGGUGCCCUUGUAGCUUCCCAUGACAUCUCAACGAAGAAAAAAUGGAACAAAUUGAAAGAUGCCAAAGCAGGACCCCUGAUUGUUUUUGGCUGGAAAGAUUUCAUGGAUAUUUUGUGUCCCAAUAUUUUGUGUAUUCCAAACAUCAAAACAUAUGUCUGUAUUUGUGCACUACAUGUGUGUAAUAUACAUAUAUAUAUAAGUGUGUGUAUAUUUGCACAAAAACAGGUCGUUUCUGCUAAUAUUCAGCUUACAUGUGCCUCUCUCGAACAAACAAAAGUAUGCAUUUAACCAUUGGAAGUAUUAAAAGCGAAUGUCCAUCCAACCUUGAUAAAUGGGUGGAAAGCAGAGAAAUCUGUGUCAAAGGGAAACGGAUCUCCCUUUUCGCACAUAUGGGCUCAUAUUUUUACACAAUGUAAUAUUUUCUUUAUUUUCACAUAGCAUUUUUUGUCAAUGUCCACAUUUUUGCACCUUUUUCUAAUGCUCAAAAAAAAUGUUUUAAAGAGCAUGGAAGGUAUUUUUAUUUGUUUGUUUUGUUAGAUUGUUUUUCUUGACUCUAUGUCAGCUGGUCCUGCAACAUGAUGCGUUGCACCGGGCUGCAGCCCUCUUGGGCAACAUAGGGGUUAAGCACAAGAAUUCCAAAUGUAUUUGCACCUUUCUAAUUGAUAAGAACUAAGACAUGGGGAAGUAGGCAGAAUUUAGUUUUUUUAUAAUUUGUGAGUGAGCGCUGUCUGCUUUGCACAUGUGCCACGGAUUACAAUGAUUAUACAUAUGUAUAAUAUCUAUGUGUAUUAUAACUUUUUUGGGAGGGGGGAAAAAAAGGUAAAACUCAAGCACUAUUUUUUACGGGAAAUUUUUUUUGUAUAGCAACAAAAGAAAGGGAUGUGAUAUUUUAAAUAUGAUAUGCUAUGUCGCUAUGGUCAUUCAGAGGGCAAAAGCCGGGGUAAUAUUUUGAAAUAUUGCCUGCAGUAUGUACUGCCAGGUUAUAUGGGGACCUUCAAUAAUCUGGGUACUAACAGCUAUAUUGACCAGAGAAUUGCACAUUUUAGGUCAAGAUUUUUUAAAAAUCCUUCUACUUUCCCUGCCUAUUUUGGCAUAAAAUGGGCAAUUUGUUGGUGAAUUCAAAGUGUAUACCCAAUAUGAUUGAAAAUUGAGCAGCAUUGGGAGACCCCCAUGGAACGUAUCCAGACCAUAGCAUGAACAUUAAUAAUGAAUUAUACAUAGAACUUGGAAAAAAAAAAGAAUAUACUUUUCGUUUUAGGAAAAGUAUCUAUUUUUCUCCUUCCUCUGAGUAGUGUAGAAGGUGUCAUUCGAUACGAAAGCCACUCGCCUGUUCCUGCAAAUAUCUUUCUGUGUAGACACCCAUAGGCUGUAUCUAGGGGAAAGGGGGAACAUAUUUACAUCAUAUUAAACACACAGAACCACUUAGCAUGUAUUCUUCUACAGGUUGAACGUAUUAGAGAACGUAUUAGACGGGUUCUUUAUUCCAUCCGUAGAAAAAUGAUGUUUAUUUUCUAAUUCCGGGUAAACAGCGAAACGUUAAAUAAAAUCACCAUAUUUUACUCUUACCCUUCAGUAAUAAGAGAUUAGGUUUAUUGUCAUGUUACUGCAUCAUCAGUGGCAGUGAAGGGUCAGGUUGCCAGUCAAGUCUUUUUAAAUAUUAAAUAUCUAAAAUGAAAAAUACAAAUAACAGUGAAAUAUAAGAACUCAUUCGAUACUUUACUUUUAUCAAUGAGAUUUGGGGCACACUUUUAAAUGAACUCCUAGAAACAUAGACUGUGACGGCAGAUAAGAACCAUUCGGCCCGUCUAGUCUGCCCAAUUUAAAAGAAAAUACCGAUUUGCAAGGAAAUGUUUCACCUUAACUGAUAACAAAACAAAGUGUGGUUCUUUAAGCGCAGUUAUAUUUUAAAUGGCUGUUUCCAAAGCCAAAGAGUCAGCCUCUCUCCCUCAAAAGACUUAGAAUGUAACGUGUACAUCAUGGUAGGUGCAAUGGGUGUCCAACAAUAUUACCCAUUAUUCUCUGCCAAGCACAGUCCGACAACAGGUGAAGUCGUGUAGUGUGCACCAAGUGUAUACUGUACUUUGCACAAUACUUAGCCAGAGCUUUUGGAGAGCCACUGAUUUUUAUGGAGAAAAAAACCUUUAAAAAUAUAAUCUGUUAAGGAAAAUACACUUUGUACUUUUAAACCCCAGUACCCCAAUGAUUGUGUCUUUACAAUACAAGGUACCAUUAGGGAAAACCUGGUCAAUUCAUUCUGUCAAUGAAUGUCUGAAUAGGGUUUAGCCUCGAAACAUUGAAUUGUGAUGAUUUGGAUUCUACAUUCUAAAUUGUCCAGUAUAUUCUAAUUUCACUGUGUUAUGUGCCUAAUUUGGGAAUUCAAUCUUAAUUCACAACAAUUCGCUGUUAAGUGAAUUAAUUGAAUCUUUUUUUCACAAAUCACAACAUUUAUUUUGCAGAAAACAUUUGACCAAAAAUGUAGCAAAAAUCACGCAUUUUUAAGAUUAAUGGUCGUGCAAUAAUUGACUUCUUUCAUGUUAGUUUGUGACUGAUACAAUUCAUUUUGUUAACAGAAUUAGAUAUCGUGGCUAAUAUGGCGUCGUUUGUAUAAGCCAAAUAACCCCAUUGAUUUCACAAGCGAUGUUUCACCAUAAGCACACAUUAGGGUAAAACGCCAGAAAGCCUGUAUCUAUCUGUGAUCAUUCUACUAAGUUACCCAUCAUUGAUUACCAGAGUGACACCUAGCAAUGGAUGUAGCUACGAUGAUGUCAGUUUCAUUUGCGA